CUGAUAAUCAAGAAAGUACAAAUAAAGAGGAUGAAAAUGAUGAAAAUAAUGAGGACGAUUCAGAUAGAGAUAUAGACGAUUCUAAUAAUAAUACAGAAGAUUCUAUUAGUGAACUUUUUUCAAGAGUUUUUGUUAAUGACUCACUGUUUUGUGCAUCAAAAAUUGAAAAGCCAUAUUAUUCGGCCAAAAUCUAUUCAAAUAUCUGUAUCAAUUGCAGAUGCUUAGAGGUUUCUAAACCAGAAAGAG